AUCCAAAUUCAGCACAUGCUGGAAUGCGUUGUUGUGACUGCCAAGAUUGCUGAACAGUGCUUGCUAUAGACACUAGACAGAAGAAAGUAGACUGUGUUGUGCAAUGAUCAAAAAUAAUACAUGUCAUUUAACCUUGUUUACCAACUUCUGUGAUAAGCACCAAGGAAGAGCUACUUCACUCAAUUCUAAUAUUUGAACAAAAACAAGAUGCUUCAUUCAAAUGAAGUACCUAAAAAGCAAAGAGUAAGAACAUGUCAAUUCAUACCUUUGUCUUUAGAUCCACCUUUAAGCCCAAGUGAUGCUGUGAACCUUCUGUGGACUGGACUCAGUAAGAGUACAACUCCCUCUAGCCAGGCUGAUGCUGUCAACAAAUUUGGGGAAGUGAGCAGCAGUGACUGCUGCAGUGAUGCUGACAUUAGGCAGGCAAUAAAUCUCCUCUGCCAGUCUCUGUUCCAGUGUCCCCUCAAAGCCCAAUUGACAACCAAAAUUACCAGAUCUUUGCACACCAUCCAGAAGAACAAACCUGACAUCUUCUAUCCUGAAAUCCAUCAGGUCCUGAAUAAAGUAUUUUUGGAUGAAAAUGCUGUGCCCCAAAAACUUUGUCAUGCCCUUGCCCUAGUCAUGUCAUCAAAAAUAGUCAAUAUUCAUACUGCAAUUGCAUGUAGCUGUCAAACUCUCAAUGGGCUCAUCAAGAAAAGAUGCAGCAAUGAAGGGAAUAUAUCAUCGACAAGUAUUCAAGACAUGAACAACAGUUGUGAAACACAAUUAAGUCCUGAGUCUGGAAUGGAGCUUCAUUUGCAUGUAAAGCUGUGUGAUGCUGUGAAAAAACAGCUAUCUUGUCUCUCUCGAGCUACUUUUGAUGAGCAUACACCACAUGUGACGGUCUCUACAAUGCAGCAUGAACUGCAAGAACUAAUGAAGUCAACAGUUGCCUACCUCCAGACGCUAACGCCAGCACUUGGAUCGCAGCACAAUGAAACUUGUGGCAGCCAGAAAAUCUCUUGCAUGCAGUUCAGUGAUGCCAUUUUUUCAUCUCAUAUGGCACCAUUAGCUCAAGUCUCAAUCGAGAUUCUAGCUGCAAAAAAAUCUACGCUGGAUCUUAGACUUGUCAGCGGACAACUUUUAGGUGUUUUGGGUACGUUUUGUGACGGUGGCAUUCAUGCACUUAUAGUAGCUGCUCUUGAAUUAUCUUUUACAUCCACGCUGGAGAACUCUGCUUUGGUAGAAAUUGUGGCAAGCGUCCAGUCAUUGCCUAUUUUGGGACGAAUUGCGGUAUUACACGGUCUUCUAUGCACAGUUCCUUCUACCGAGCUUCUAGAAACUCGCAUUUAUGUCGAAAACGAGAAUCCGGCUAACCCUAAAGUGUUCGGAAUGGAACUAUUGAAACAUAUCUUCGUUAUAGGCAACAGCUCUGCUGACGGAGAGCUAACCGUUUCAUGUUCACGAUUGCUCAACCAUUGGACUCUCCGUGUUCUGUCAGCACGAAGCACAUGUGAAAAAUUCUCAGAGUUAAUGCCAGUUGCCUCGGAACUUGAGAAAAAACUUUUGGAAUACUUGGAAUUAACUUGGGAGCAUUACUUGGAUCGAGUUAAGCACACAACUUAUGAAACUUUCAUGAAUUUUCUGGAGAUUCGUCAAGUGUCGUUGAACGAUUCAUCUCAUUCGUACUUCAUGUCUCUUGCCUGUCGGCUGGUCAGUGUUGUGCCACGUAAAAAAUUUGCUGUGAGUGCCCUGCGUUGUCUCGUCAAACAUGUCAGCGUUCAAACCCUGUUGGACUCUUUUCCUGGGCUGCCUCUUGCUCUUGUUAAGAACUUGGCUGACUUCUCUCAUGCAGGUUGUUGCUCUGAAGCCCUAAAAGCUCUGUUCUUGAAACAUAUUCAAGAAGUCUCAUCAGACGAGUGGCAAGAAUUUUGGAUUACCCUUAUUUUCGACAAUUUUUCACUCGAAAUGACUAGCUUUGGAUUCGAAUUGUUAAUUAAGAAUUUGCUUGAAACUUGUCCCUCUAGCUUAGCCUUCGCCAUCAAACAUGUGUUGAAACGCGAAAAAUCUCUCAAUUACGAGCAUUACAUGCUACUUAUCUCUUGUCUGAAAGUGGGCAAGAAUUUCAGCGAAGCCGCUGUGAAGGAUCACGCGCCAAUUGGUGACACCACACAAAGUCUGAAACUGUGGAAGAACCUCAUCCCAUACUCCAUACUACAAAGAUGCCUCUUCCAUGUGGACGAGUGGGUGCAAAUCAGUGCAUUUGGAUUAAUUUGUGACAGCCAGAAAUUGACGGACGGAUUCGAACAAGAAGAAUUGAACCUUUUGCUAGAAUUUUUUCGAAGAAGCCUCAGCAAUGACGUUCCAUCACGACGUCAGGCGAUGCGGGCUUCUGCCAAACACUUAUUUCAAAGAUUGCAAAACUGUUAUAAGGCUGCGAAGAAAAUUACUAUUAAAGGCUUGCUACUUGAAAUCGAUGUUUCUAUAGACGCAACUUUCAUAGCUGCUAAUGAUGAACUGCGGACAUACAAAGCGUUUUGUGAAAUGGUAACCGAUACUUUGUUUGCCUACUUGCAUCCAUCUUACAGCUAUUCAAGGAGAUGUUGCGCUUUAUGGAUCCUCUCAGACUAUCAAUCCUGUAUCGGUGUUGACAGCGAUACUUCGGAGCUCAGAAUUCAGUCUCAUUCCAACUCUAAAUCAUUUGGCCAUGAUUUACUCCUUUGUCUGAACGACAAUUACUUGCACAACAAGGAGACUGCCACGAAGCUCUUGUUAAGCGAACAAAUGACAGGCAAUUUUUCUGUAGACAAUUUAUUUGAAUGUGUAUUUUCAUUAGCAUCAUCAUGUAAACCAUCAGAUUCCCUAACUGCCAGUCAUGUUCUUCAAUAUUUGCUUGCCUGUCCAGAGCCUCUGCAUUACGGUGGCCUUAAGUUUGGCCCGAGAAAUUGUCUAGAAAUGUGUCGCUGUAUUUACUCCAAGUUAAAGUGUGAAAUUAAACAAGCUUGUGAAGACAUCUUCGCUUCGUCCGCUUCCCAUCCCAUGUAUGGGCUUCUGUUUCUGCUAAGGGUUGUGUUUGCACGCGUAACGAAGGAAGACUUAGAAAAAAAUUCUCGCGAAUGGUGCGUGUUCAUAGAAGAAUUAGUUCUCAUCUGCCGAGAUGUUCACUCUCACGUUCGUUUUGUCGUUGAAAAUGACUCACCUGAAGGCAAUAUUCCUCUGAAUUUACCUGUUUUGGAGAAAGUGGUCGAGAAUAGUUUGGGUAACCGUGAGUCAAAUUCCGUGCAAAUCAAGUCUUCGAGUGAAAGUGUCAUGUCUAUCGACAGACUUUCGAAAGCUACUGGUGUGAGCGCGCAGAUGUUGUUGCUUUGUGCUUGGCGAACUGUGAAGGAGAUUUCAGGUCUUUUUGCGGACAUAUGUCAGCAUCAUGCCAUUCUUUUCUCAUCAACAGCAAAUUUUUCGGUUGGAAUUUUCGAGGAGAUUAGCGAUUAUUUUAUCCAAGUAUUAGCUUUGACUAAACACAGAGGGGCUUUUGAGCAGACUUACGCCGAAUAUUUACGUGUCUGUGAGCAGUUGUGGCUAAGCAAAAAUCCUAAAUUCAACGCCGUCCCUGAAACUUGGAUCGAAAAUAUCAUCUGUGACAUCAAUUCCAAACCCGAUGGGAAAUUUUGUGCUACCCGUCGCAGUGCAGGAAUUCCCUUCAUCAUAUUAGGCGCAUUAACGACCGAACCUCCUGUUCAUGGAAGCCUUUGCCUGCAGAAGACCAUGGAGUGUCUUCUAGCUUCGGCAUCUUCAGACUCUUCGCAGUCUUCUGACGCACGCCUGCACGCUUUAAACAUUCUUCGUGUUCUUUACCGCGACGCGAAGCUUGGUGACUCGAUUAUUCCCUUCGUCAGUGACGGAGUGAAAUCCGCGAUCUGCGGGUUCUCCAGCGCCGUGUGGUCCAUCAGGAAUUCGUCUACUCUUCUAUUCGCUGCACUCGUCACCAGGAUGUUGGGAGUCAAGAGAACAAAAGAUGAUCUGCAUUCCAAGAACGCUAUGUCUGCUUUGCUGUUCUUCAAGCGUUUCCCUGACCUCUACAAGUUCCUUCUUGAAAAGCUUGAGGAGGGAGUGCAGGAUAUUAAUCAAGGGCGGCUGGCAGCGUCCCUCUACCCCAUCCUCUUGCUACUAGCUCGGCUCUCCCCGUCCCCUCUGGAGGGCAUGACUUCUUCCCUCACAUUGGCCAACUUUGUGCCUCUUGUGGUGCAGUGUUCAAAGGCACAAAUUUUCAGACUGCGAGAUCUAGCUUCUCGUGCCUUGGCUCCAUUGGUGUCUCUUGAUGCCCUUAAGAACACAAUAUGUCUUCUGAGCAACCAAACUGGUGAAAAGUCUCAUAACUCUAUCCAUGGAGCACUGCUAAGUAUACACCAGCUUCUUCUAGCCUUCAACUCUCACGUCAACAAUCAUGCAUUGAAAUCGUCGAUCUUGGAAGUUCUUAAGCCUUUGUUGCCUCUUGCAACCCUAAAAAAUCCGUGCUGCGUGACACGCUGUGCUACUUUGAAUAUUUUUCAUUUGCUAGCAGAAAAAGGGUGGCUAGUGAAUUUUCCUGAUUGUGUCGAUGAUUUAGUAGCUAUCUCUAGGGAAAUGUUGCAACCAACCACAAGCAGCACGGAUUUUUCUCGCGUUCCUUGGUAUUCGCUGAUGCAAAAAUCCGCUGCAGAAAUUAUAAUCAAUACUAAGAAGUCGGAUUCUACGGGCGUAUCUGCCCAUGAACUUCUUCAAUGGAUUCUUUUCCAGAAGCCUUUUGUUCGAAUUCUAGCGCUUGAGCGUCUGCAGACAGGUCCAGUUUCGCCAUCUGUUCUCCAAUCAGUUGUUCAGAACCUCAUCAACGAAGAAAACUUGGACUGCCGUAUAGCCGCGUAUACUGUAGUACUCAAAACACUUGAAAACUCGGAAUCAGUUGGAUCUAAAAGUAUGGCAGAUAACAAAGACGAAGAAAUCUUUCGUAUUGGUGUUGAUCUUGGCGUUUGCGCGAAAGAAUUGGACGCGCUGCUCAGUCACAUCAUGACGAAAAUUGAGGGCCAAGUGGAUGGGCCAGCAAGACUACGCGACGAAGAGCUGGUUUGCAUCAUCCCUCUCCUGCAACACUUGCUGUGUCGCAAAGACAACAACAUGAAGUUGAAAAGUUUAUCGUCACUGUGCUGCCACCUGCAGCAGUGGAGCGAUGCUGACCAGGCACCAGCAGUGCGGCUGGAGGCUGCUAGAGCUACAGUUGCUCUCCUCCAACUCGCUCUCAGUGAUGCUAAACCCUCCCUUCUGGACUACCAGAAUGAUCGUCUGCUUUUUGCUGCGUUUGAGUGCCUCGUUUUAUUACUGCAAGACGAUGACUCCGAAGUGAGACGCGCCACUGCGGCUGUGUGGCUCAUCCUUCUUGCUCUUGUAGAAGAUCCUUCCAAGGAUAAUGUUGAAGGAGAAUUUUCUCCGGUGGAUGAUCUCAAGAAACAGUUUGGUGUAGAGUGCAAUGCUGAAGAUGUAAAACGACCCCCUCGUUGUGAAACGAAUGUGGGAUCCGCAAUUCAAACUGUUGUCCCAUCUCGUGUAACGGUACCAUGCUCAAAUGACUGCCAUAUCGCAUCAACUACUGAAGAGAAAGUGGAAGCGACAGGAUGGGAAACGACUGCCAAUAAAGAAAUUACUGAGAGAUUUGAGGGAGCUUCGACAGUCACUUCUGAUGAACAAGCAAGAAUGCAAGAAAUUCGUGCUGAUCCUAAAAUCAUCCCUGAAUUGGCGUCUUCGAGUAAAGCUCCUCACGCUCUUCGUGCGAUAGCUGAGCGAGCAGUGGGAAUGGCGGUGGGCCGACAGUGUUUCUACGGAGGAUCUGUGCUGGGUUUCACGUCUCUGUGCGCUGACCGCGUCCUGAACGCUCUCUUGCUCUUCAUUGGUAACAUUGGAGGUGUUCGGGCCACAUCACUGCUUUGCAGUUUGAUUUUACGGGACUUGAGUUCAACGGAAUUUGGCUUAUCCGAGGAAGAUGACCGUGCAUUCGACAAAAGUGAGACGAGCACACACAGAGAAGAACUUGUUUUGGCCGACUACGCUGUUGAAAGUUUGAUGUGUUCAGAUCUGAGGGAAACUUCUGUUAUUAUGACAGAUUUUGUGCUCCCUCAUAUUGUGGCAUUGCAGCAAAAUAACUUUUGUUCUUUUGGAUGCUGUCUAGAAGCAGGCAACCGUUCUGGCCUAUUACAACCUGAACUCGCAUUGACUGAAGUAAUCGCAAUGAUCUGCAAGGAUAUUUGCCAUAUUUGUUGUCAGCUAUGCGCCAAGAAAGCCUUUUCUUGGCAAAUCACAAACUCUAGUGCAUGGCUCGUAAAGUUGUACAAACGUGUUACAUUAGCUUACACUUUGAUCCAGUCCUGCUCGCGUAACUUUUCUCCAAGUCCCGCCCAAACUGUGUUCAAGAAAACUCUCCAGCAUGUGAAGCAUGCCAUUCAUCAACAAUAUUUUCAGUCUUCACUAACAGCAAAAAUUUUAGCGAUUGUGCAUCUACAAGUCUAAGUGGAGGAGUCUCUAUGAUUAUCAUCUUACAUGUUUAUUGAUUUUACUGAUCAGUGUGUCCAAACCUCUCCCUCCCUAGACCCGACUUCAACAUUCAUAUAAUCUUAAGGGACCAAACAUCAGGUACAGCACUUUCAAAGCUCGCUUAACACGUUGACUCCGAUUGCUUAAUCUUGUACU